AUGAUUAUUAUUAGCUACGUCGAAAAAAUAGUUAUUUUAAACUCAGGAACUCUAGAAAAGAUCCAAGAGAUUUUCAUGUCUCAGAAUAGAUUUGGCACCUUCUCCAUGACUAAUAAUAAAAAAUUUAUUCUGUUUCUAGAUAAAGAAGUCCUUCAUUUUUAUGAUUUAAGUAGCUUUAGAGACAAAGAAACAGUAAACGUUGAUUUUCAAAUAAUUUUUAUUGCACAAAGCAUAGACAAUAGCUUAGUUUUUAUUAAUGGGAAAAAAAGACAGUUUUAUGUGUUGGCUUUUCCUGUGCUUGAAUGAGAAAAAUCAAAAAUUAUUACUAGCAAUGAGCCCCUAGAUAGAACUAAAAUGGUAAUCAAGGAAGAUGGUUAUUUCAAGACAUGGGACUUUGAAACUGAUAAAACAGAAAAAAUUAUUGAAAACAAACCAGGCGGAUGAGAAGUUCAAAACGAGAGAGAAUUUUUUGUCUAUUGCUAUUCAGAUUAUACUUUUAGUAAAGUAAACAUUCCAACUAAAACAAUUUCGACUAUUACCUUAGCUAAUUAUUCGAAAACAAUGAGUCAUUAA